GGCAGUUUCGCGAAGCCUGCUCCACAUAUCGUUGCUGAUUCAAGGCAGUCGUUCGCGGCUUCAACCCUCGUACGGCUGCCGCGUUUAUUCCCCAAUUCUUAUAUACAAUCUAUAGAUAUACACAUAUAUAUAUCACAUCGAUAGUUUUUUUCAAUUUUGAUCUAUAGAUCAUGACAUCAUUAAGCGGCUAAAAAAUUUCCCGCGCUUUUUUUCUUUCAACACAUUUGUUGCAAAAAAUAAUUUUUUUUGGCAUUUUUCUCCCCCCCCCCUUUUUCGAACAAAAUGUUUUUGGUGUUAAUUUUGUAAACUUUUUGGUGUUAAUUUUUAAUUAAAUUUUUUUUUGUGUGUUAAUUUUGUGGAACCGUGCGCGUAAAUUGGAGUAAUUGGAGAGGGGAAAAAAGGGGUUUUAUUUAGUUAUUUUUUUUUUUUUUGUAUCAUCGAACGUGAAAAAAGUGUGUGAGGAAUUAAACGUGCAAAAAAAGGGCCUGCUCAACUUUCUAUAUGUUGAUUUAAGGAAGGUGCCUUUUUUUGUUGGGGGGGGGGGUUAUAUUUGGAAAGAAGAGGAAAGAAAAAAAAAAGUGCUGCUUUCGAUGUAGCGUGACUUCAUAUAUAUGUGUAAUCGCCGUGUUGCCCGGGGGUUUUCAAAUUGGUACGCUUGAAGAAGAAAAAGGAAGUGGACCAACCGGAAGACUCCAGGAGAGUUAGGAUAGAGAUGGCAUCUCGUGUACUCGGACUUCUGCUCUUCACACAUUUUGUUCUCGCUUCGGGCGUCAAAGGGAGCAGUGAACCUUGGUUAAAGGUUGAGAAGAGCGCUGAACUUGGUUCGGAAGUUCAGCUACCAUGCCGUCUAAAACUACCACAAUGCGUUGGUCUUCACAGCAUCAAAUGGUACCGUGGAAACACUCGGAUUUUUGUUUACAGCGAAGAUGUUGGCGUCACUCGAAUCGACACCGAAAUGGAUCCUGGAGCCGGUAUGCUGAUUGCAAAAAAUGACACGGAAACAUUUCUCAAAAUUCCAAAUAUCAAAAUUGCUGACGAGGGAUUAUAUAAAUGUGAAGCAACUUAUUUGGCUGUUAAUCGUGAAUGUAACAAUGUUCAACAUAUCACACUGAACGUGACUGUUCAGCCAGUAUUCGUUCGUGUUAUCGACGAAGAUACAAAAGCUACACUCGAAACAGGAAAAGUCUUGGGACCAAUAAACGAUGGUACCAAGAUUUCCUUGAGGUGCGAGAGUAGUAUAGGUCGUCCCGUUCCAAUCGUCGAAUGGUACAACGGCGAUAAGCUUCUUGAAUCGGAAAGCACGUCGCAAGUUGAAGAAAAUGGAAUCGGCACCGGAAGUAGCCUGUUGAAUCUGCAGGUUACACGCAGUGAAUUAGGCGCUAACCUUACUUGCAAGGUCAGCAGUAGUCUUACUCUUGCUGAGCCACUCACAAUUGACAUCAGAUUAGACGUUCAUGUUGCACCAUUAACGAUGAAUAUACGAAAUAAUAAACGAGGUCAAGCAAUUCGAGGCUCUCAAGUUUUGUUAGAAUGUUCUGUGGGUGCUGCGAGACCCGCUGCCAAUGUUACCUGGUUCAAUGGUACAACUCCAGUCAAAAACGAUAGCAAACGAUUGGAUAUGCUUGAAACAAAAAUAUUUGAAAGUCCUGAUGGAACGGCGGAAACGAAGAGUUACUUUAUUUUUACAGUAACAGAAUACGAUAGUGGAAUUCCAUUUAGUUGCCAGGCUGAGAAUUCGGUCAUGCAAAAAGAAGGAACUAAACCUUUGAAAGAAACAACAACAAUCGAAGUCUUAUACGAACCAUUAAUUACAAUAAAACCAAGUAACAUAACAGUAAAUGAAACAGAACAAUUUACAAUGCUUUGUGAAUAUGUUGCAAAUCCAGCGGCAUUAACAAGCGUAAAAUGGUUACGAGAUGGAGAAGAAAUUGCAUUAGAUCCAUUGAAUUAUGAAGGUGGGAUAAUACAAAAGCCGGAUCUCACGAUUAAAAAUGCCACCUCUGAACAUAUGGGAAAUUAUACUUGUGUUCUGGAAAAUACAGUGGGAAAAGGCAAUACAUCAGACUUUGUUGUUGUUUCCGUAUUGUAUAAACCGGAGGUGGAAGUUAGUAUGGAGCCGAGUGGUCCUAUCAAUGAGACUGACCGUGUGAACGUUUCUUUGACUUGCGAAGUCACUGACGGAAAUCCGAGGACCUUGAUUGCUGUCCGUUGGUAUUUGGAUGGGGAUCUACUGAAGGAACUUCCGGAUUGCACACGGAACACGACUCCAGUGACCACAGAUGAAAUAGCCACCUUCUGCGACAUUGAUCCAAGUAAAUUGCUCCUGGAGGCUGUCGGAAGAUCAUUUCAUGGAAACUAUUCGUGCGAAGGUAGAAAUGAAGCUGGUUGGGGUCCCAUAUCUUCAAGUACGCCAGUUGUUGUAAACUAUAAACCGGGACCAGCUUUGAUAUCAUACGAACCCCUUCGAGUGAUCAAAAAACACAGUUUAACUAUUACAUGCUCAGUGGAAGAUCCAGGACGACCGGAAAUUGCAGGCUUCAAAUGGAUGCGUGGACUUUAUAGAUUGCCGGAUGAAAAUAAAUCAGUUCUCAAAAUUGAAUCGGCAAACCUUGAAACUGAAGCUAAUUUUACAUGUAUGGCAUAUAAUUCUGCUGGUGAUGGUGAUUCAGCAACAACAUUUGUUGAUGUUCAAGCUCCUCCUGCAUUUAUCAAGAAACUUCCACCAUACGUUGGUUUUGCUUACAAUGCAUCUAGUGUGAGCAUUGAAUGUAUUGUCGAAUGUGCUCCAAUUUGUAAUAUUUCAUGGAAAAAAGGAGAUAAAUUAAUUGAUUUUUCCGAAUCGAAACAAUAUUAUGUUACAAAUUUUUAUCGUUCACCAGAUUUACGAACAUUUGAUUUUGAAAGUAUACAGUCGACUUUAAUUUGGAAUCUAACUGCCUGGCCAAAUGGUCAACUUGAUAGAUUAGAAGAUAACGGAAGAUUCACUUGUGAAAGUACCAGUAAUGGCGUUGGAAAAGCUGUUAACAGUAAUACCACUUUUCAAGUAGAAUAUCCACCGGAAAAUUUGACAAUUUCUAAAGAGAGAAUAAAUGUCAUCGUUGAUCAUAUACCUGAAAAAAUAAGUUGUUCAGCAAAAGCUUAUCCUGAACCACAAUUUGAAUGGUAUCGUGAAGGAUCAAAUGAAAUUUUAGGCACCUCAAAUACACUCUCAUUUGAAUAUACAUUUCCAAAAAGAAGUAAUGGAACAUAUUAUUGUAGAGUUAAAAAUCGUCAAGGUGUUAAUAAUAUAUCGACUUAUAUAAAUGUUCAAUAUAAACCGGAAUGUCGAAUAGAAAGAGAACGAAGAGACGGUCAAGAUUACAUCGUUUGUUCGGCCGAAGGCAAUCCAAAGGAAUCGGAUUUUAUAUGGACUUUAAAAGUUGGUAACGAUACAUUCGAUCAAAAUGCAGAAAUACAUGAUGGCAAAAGUUAUAUAUUAUUGGAGGACCUUAACAAAUUUCGAACCUAUAUUUGCGUCGCUAACAAUUCCAUUGGAUUUUCAAACGAAUGCGAACUCGACGUUCCAGCUCGCCUGGGAUACGACGGAAGUACUCCAUGGUGGCUUAGGAUAUUAGAAAUGCCUACACUUGCCAUCAUUGUCGCGGUGGUUGUACUAAUUGCGAUCAUCAUUGCUGGCACUGUCAUUUUCAUAGUUUGCAGACGAAAGCGUACACCGGGGAAAUACAGUAACCGGGUGGUUGAACUGGAAGAACGCGAGCAUCCCGACGGAGGACCUCCGAGUCCUACAGCGUCCUCAUACUCGACGCAAAGCCCAAGUCAUCCUACACCCGCUCCGAGAUGGCCACUCAAACCUGGCGUUCUCGUACACGUCAAUCGCACUCAUAGUCUCAGAUCGGGUUUAAGCUCUCGAUCCAAUCAGGCAUUGAGAAUCCACUCGGACACCUCCUUGAGUGAACCAUUUACCACUGAGAGAGCACGUGGAAAUUGUUCUCUUAUGAGAACGCCAGUGAGGCCAUUCCGUCGUGGAAAGGACACAAAUAGACAAAGGACAAUAAUGAAUGUUUCUGGCAUGCAAGAUGAUGGUAUGUUUGCAAGAGCAAAUAAAAUAAGAGCUAUUUUUAAUGCUCAACUCAACAAUAAGGAACCAGACACCUUUCCAGGGAUAUCACGAGGAAAAACAGCCGUGACUUACAAGCGAAUAGAACCACGACAGAGGAUUUUGCACGAUGCUCUUAAAACAUCAGAUCUGACCAAAUCAAGGCCCAAUGUAUCCCGUAAGCGUAAAAAACCUGGAUCAGAUCCGAAUCAAACGACAAACAGCAAUCACAUGGGUAAUAUGUCAGAAGGAAUGACCGAUCCCGAUACGAAAACAUUUUACGAAAAUUUACCAUUUCAUGGAAUACAAACACCGCCGAAUAAGCCUUUCAAGCCGGAAUUUUCUGACCUGGAUUAUGCAGAUGUGGACUACCGAUCGUAUGGGCCUAUAAAUUAUAAAGCUGCAAGUAUUGCUUUAUUGCAAAAUCGGAAACAACAACAACAGCUGCUUGAACGAAGGCCCCAGAUGUACGGUGUUUCUGACGACAACGAGGAACUUCUGUAAAAAAAAAAAGUGAUCCAUUCUCACGUCCUUCAAAGUGCCAUCAUUAUAGUAUACCCAGGAAGUAAAUACGACUCGAUCGGUAUGAAGUCGCCUCUUUAUAUAUAUACAUAUAUAAAUAUAUAAAUAAAUAUAAAUAAUAAAUAUUUUGUACAUAAGCACGGAAUACAAAAUUUACAAGCAUUCUAGUAAUUUUUUUUUUCCGAAAAAAGAAUUUUUAUUAUAUUAUAAUAAGCAACAAUAUUUGAAAUUAAAUAUUUAAAUUGAAAUAUUUAAUUAUGAUUUUUAUUUUGUAAAUAAUUAUUAAUUAAAGGUACAAUAAUGGAAAUGUUUUAUGUUACAAACAACAUUUAUCUAUUUUUUAUGAAAAAUAUAUUUAAUAUUUUUUUUUAUUAUUUUAUUAUUUAUUUUAUUAUUUGAAAAGUUGUAAAAUUCAUUUUAUAAUCGCCUUUUUAAAAAAGGCAAUAACAUUUUCUUAAUAUUAAAUUUAAAAAAUGAAUUUCCUUUUUGGUUGACGGUGACAUUUUGUGUUAAGAUAGUUUCUUAUUUGAUUGAAAAGUAAUAUAUAUAUAUAUAGAGAGAGAGUGAGUUCAAAGCGUCGAUAUCGUUUUGUAAAAAUUUAUUGCAUUUCAAAGAACUUGAAAUCGAAAUUUUCAAUAAAAGGAAAAUACGUAUUUCUUGAAGCGUUACAUCGUUUUUUACUAGAAUGCUCGUAAAUUUAUUUCCGUGCCAGGUGUGUUCUGGGAUCAAUCUAAUAUCUACGUCUCAGGGCGAUAGUCUAAGAUGAAGGACAUACCUUUUCAAUCGCGACAAUUCUCUUUCCACAAUUUUCUACAAAAAAAAAAAAGAAUGACUUUUUACAAGCCAAAAAUUCUUUAGCUUUACGGUUCAUUUUUUUUUUAUUAUUAAACUCCUGACCCUGUCUUCCAAAAAGUGUACAAGAAAAUAUUAUUUGAGUUGAAAAAAUAUUAAAAAUUUAUUUUAUUUAGUUUUUUUUUUUAAUAUUUUCACCUCCCUGAUUUUAUUAUUCAAAUAAUUUUUUUUAAUAUUGUAGAUAUUUAGAAUACAAAAACAAAUAAUAAAAAAAAAAUAAAAUAAUCGGUUUCUAAUAAAAAAGAAAUUAUGAAUUUAAUAUAUGUAGAUUUUUUGAAAAUUCCAUUUUUACAUUUAAAACGGUGAAAAAAGUUUUGGUUAGAUGAUAAAAUUGAUAUUUUUUAAUAUCAAGUUUAAUAUACGGAGCUUUUUCAUUAUAAAUCCAAGAAACUGUUGAGGGGAAAAAAAAGCAAGAAAACAGCGAGAAACUUUGAAUUUCACCGUCUGACCAAGAACUUUCUUUACUACUUAAUAAUGUCCUCAAAUGUCUUUCGUGGCAGCAAAAGUAUUUAAUUUUGUCGAAACUCUGUUUUUUUUUUUUUUUUAUUUAAACUUCAAAAGGCAUUUUUUUUUACAAAAAAUCAUAAAUUAAUAAAAUAAAAAAAUUCCAUUUCUUUUUUAAUAGAACACCAGAUUUAGAAACAGGCCUGAAAAAGUAAAUUUAUAGAAAUUACCAUCAAAUGCCUUGUUCUAAAUUUUAUUUUAUUUUUUUCUUUUUUCUUACGAGUAUAUAAAGACUUUUUGAUACUUAAUUUUUUUUUCGCAUUUUUUUUUUCAAUUACACAAUAAAUAUGUCGCCCUUCAAAAACUGUUGCUCGGUGAAUUGAAUAGCUCGUAACGCAACAAAUGCGCGCUGUGUAUCGGAUGUAAAAAAAAAAGAAAAAGAAAAAUAACUAAACUUGUACAGUUAAUUAUUAUUGCCAAUCGAUGCGUCUUAGCGUUGUAAAAAGUUAUAAAUAGUUAUAUACAGCCUAAGGAAUAACGGUAGUAAAUAGAAAUGUUUAAUAUGGAAAAAAAAAAAAUUAAUAAGAAGCCUAACGACGUUACUCGAUUUUUGUUAUACGUUGAAUUUUAUUGUCAACGAUUUGUAAUUAAUCCUGUGCAAUACUCUGUUUCACGUUCACUGCUGUGCGUGAUAUUUCGGCGCUUUUGAGGCUGUACAGAUUUACAAACAUAGAUUAGGUCUGAAAGACCUACGCACGUGCCUCAAUUAUUAUUAUUAAUUAUUAUUUAUUGCCAAAUAAUCAUAGAUUUUUAUCAAAUUUAAAUAAUUUAUUAAUUACUUAAUUAGAAUUCAUUCAAAUUUAUGUUUUUUAUUCAAAACAAUUUUUCUAUUUAAUCAUCAAAUGAAAAAUAAUUUUAUUUUAUUAUUAAGAAUUAUAAAUAUAGAAAUUAUAAAUAAAUAUUUUAUAAAAAUAUUUUUAAGAAGAUGUAACAAUAAUUUUUUUUUUUUUUGAAAAAAAUUGAUUUUAUUUUUAGAUUUAAUUGAAUUUAAUUUAAACAAAUUUUAAGUGAACUGGAUUCUCUGUUACAUUUUAAAUAUAAUCGUUAAAUUUAUUAUUAACUGUGUAAAUGACAUACAUAAAAAAAAUGAUUGCAAUGACAUUAUAUACAGUUAAUAAAUUCAAGAGUUAUAUUUUUCAAAGAUUAUUAAAAUAUAAUUCAUUAUUAGGAAGAAAAAAAAAAUAUUAUAACCUGUCUUAUAAACAAAUUAUGAAAGUUUUUAAAAUAUUUCUAAAUAUAAUGAGAUCGACAUAUCCCAUUAUAUAAUUUUAUUUUAUUUUUAACCCCCCCCAGUAAAAGUAUUUCAAUGCGCUUAUAAUUUAUAAUAAAUUUAUUAUUUAAAAAAAAAACAAUGUAAAUUAAAGAACAAUGUUUUGUUAGAAAAUUACUUUUGUAAUAUAUACAUAUAUUGAGGUAUUAUAAAAUGAAAAUUUAUUAAAUUAAAAGUCUGUGUAACUUAGGAAAUACUGAAUUAUAAAAAAAAACCCAAUAAUUAAGUUAAAUAAAAAUUUAGUUUCGGAGAAUUAAUUUAUUUCCAUUUGUAAAUAUUUUGUUAAAUAAAAAUUUAGUUUCGGAGAAUUAAAAAUUUAAUUUCCAUUUAUAAAUAUUCUGUUAAAUAAAAAUUUAGUUUCGGAGAAUUAAAAAUUUAUUUUCAUUUAUAAAUAUUUUUUUAAAUAAAAAUUUUGUUUAAAUAGAAAUUUGUUGGCUGAAUAUACAAAAUUUCGUUAAAUGAAAAUUUAUUUAUUACCGAAAAAAUUCGAUUAAAUAGAAAUUCUAUAUUGUAUAAAAAAUUUUAUUUAAAUAAUUUGUUUUUGAAAUAAAAUUUAGUUAAAUAGGAAAUUGAAUUUUUUUUUUCAUAGAUCAUUUUUUUCAUUUUUUCAUUUUUCAUUUUUUUUUUUUUUGGGGUAUUUUAUCAAUGGAAUAUAAAACCAUAAAAACCACGCCUUCCAUGCACAAAUGACCUAAAGUCAGGUAAUAUCCAUAUAACGGGAGAAACUUGCAAAGUUCGAAAUUGGAGAGACGGAUAGAAUAUGCUCUCUAAUAUGAGACCGAUAUUGAGUAUAUUGCAUUCUGCAUUGAUGUCCCCAGGUUUCUAUAUAUAUAUAACAUUACAAGCUUCAAACUGAAUAUCUUCAGGGACUCUUUGACACAAUAUUGAAAUUUACCUUUAAAGGAUUUCGUAAAUUUGAUUUAUUUUCAAAAUAAUAAAAAAGAAAAAUUAUAAUAGAAAUGUAAAAUAAUGAAAUUUCUAAGUUACACACACUUUAAAAAAAAAAUUUUUUUUAAUUUAUAAAAAUUUCAAAUUAAAAAUUUUUCAAUUCAUUCUUUUUUUUCUUGUUAAAAAACAAUUUUGUAAAAAAUUUUGAUAGAAUAAUAAUAAAAAAAAAGUGUUUCUGGGGAAAUUUUGUUCUAAUCUUAUAUGUUUUGCACUAUAUAUGUAUAUAUAGAUAUUGUUAUAUCUCCCAAGGAAUAUUGUCUGAGAAAUCCAGGUUUAUAUUUGUAGGAAAGUUAAAUUAUUGUCUUUCCUCUUCAGUACACUUUACAUAAGUUAAAGUGCGCGUUGCAUCUUCCGUCCGUAACAGAGAACACUGUAUGUAUAUUGUUGGAGAAAAGCGCCUCUAAAGCAUCGGCUUCAUAAACUCUAAAUGUAUAUAUAUAUAUAUAGUAUAUUGUAAAACAUAGACCUUCUAUAUAUUCUCCUCUAUACUCGUAAGGUCCUUUGGCCUAUAUCUUAUGUAACUACCGGUUAUACACAGGGUAAAACGAAUUGUUGGUUAUUGUAAAUCGUUUACGGCGCUACAUUGUUGGAUCUCGUUUGUAUAUGAGGAGAAAGCAUGGUCUUUUCUCAAAACGAUAAAAUGCAUAUAUAUAUACAUAUAUAUAUAUAUAUAUAUAUAUAUAGAGUGUCUAUGAAACAUUAUAGGAGUGAGCGUGUAACGACAUAACAAUAAGUACUUUAUACCUAUUACUGGUUGGGCGAAAAUAGAGAACCAUUUUCCAAACACAAAAUUGUCCAAGCGACGAAUCAGACGCCAUAGAAAAUAGUAAUUAUUAUUUUAAUGUGCAAAUCAUGAUAUUUCCCUAUCAAAAAUUCUCAUUUUCUUCUGUUCAGCGAAAUUAUCAUAAAAAAUCAUUUUCUUUUAUAAUCGAUGAAAAUUUUACUAUUUUUUUUUUUUUUAAUUGCAAUUUUUAUUUUUAUUUGCAAUAUGUUAAUUUUCAGAUCAAAAAUGACAAUAUAUAUCACUGUCUUUAAAACAAAAAAAAGUACUUCGUGACUUGUGUACACUCACUUCCUUCUCCAACAAUUUUUUUUUUUUUUUUUUUUAAUAUUCAACGUGCCAGCAAUGAAAUAAAUAUUUUAGUUCACAUUCAUAUACCAAAUAGUUACAAAGUUGUGUGUUUAUCUCUGUGUGUGUGUGUGUGUGUUAUUUUUCCAAUAAAAUUAUUUUCUGAAAAAUUAUUCUCCUUUAAACAAAUUUUAAUUUAUGAAAGAGAGAAGUUUUUAUUAUAUUACAAUAGAGAUUUGCAUUCUUAAAAAUGAUAUUCACUUAUUUUCCCUUUUUAAUUCACAAUACUUCAAAACACUUCCAUUUGUUAUUUUACCCUCGCAGUAUUUCAAAAAAAAAAAAUUGAAAAAUAUUUUUUUAAUCGUAAAAAUUAUUUCUGAUUGGAGAAAAUUAUUUUAAAAAAAUAUGAUAAUAAGGUAAACAAAUAAAUUAAAGUAAUUUAAUUAAAGAAAUUAAUUAAAAUAAUUAAAUUAAUGGUUCUAGUGUAUAAUUGAAUUGAAAUAAUUGUCAGUUCGAACAAAAGAGCUUAUUUUGUUUGUAUUUGAAAAGUUGUCAAUUUUAUUGAAAUCAAAAUGUGAGAUAGAAUAUAUAUAAGUUCUUGACUUUCUAACUAUAUAUAUAUAUAUAUAUAUAUAUAUAUAUAGUAUAUAUGUAUGUAUAAACCAAAAGGCAACAAAGAACAAAGUCCAGUCUGGUCCAGCUGUUUCUAUUAAUUGCAACAGACACAGUUUGAAUACAGCUUACGGCCUGAGAUAAUUCAAUCCAUGCACUUUAGAUGUAAUGCAAAUACCUGACCGCUCGCAGUUUCAAAGUGGAACUUUGUACAGGAAUUUAAUUCAGCAGUCCCUCAACAAUACGGGACAUUAAAGGUGCUGUGUUAUUAUUAUAAUAAUGGAUUUGAAAGAGAUUUUUUCUUUUCGCUAAAAAAAAAAAACCUAUAAUAAAAACUUCUCCCAUUUCGAAAAAUAAAAUUUUCAUUUAUUUUGUUUAAUUUUUUUUUACCAUUUUCACUUAUACUGAAAGUAUUGUAAAUAAUGUUCAAUUUUUUUUUUUUUUAAUCAAAGAACUCAUUGAUGCUUUUGCCGAAAAAAAAAAUUGGGCAUUCGUCGAAAAAAAAAUGGCUCAUAUACCUUUCUUGGCAAAAAAAAAAUUGUCUAAAAAGGAAAAAUGUUUGUAUAUUCACUUUAUUGCUGCACGUGCCAAAACAUUAUCGCGAUCACUUUCCAAGUGAACGCGCCUUUUUCCGUAUACCUAUAACGCGUCGUUUUAAAACGCACACAUGCGCGACACAUAUGUAUUGUAAGUAAGAUGUAACGGUAUUUUAUUAAAUGAACCGAAAAUAAAUGUUAUGAAUUAUAGAAGCGAUGUUAUAAAAAUUUCA